AUGUCGCUCAAGGACAUCAACCACAUAACGCUGGUGCUAUCGGGCAAAGGAGGCGUCGGUAAAUCGAGCGUCACCACCCAACUUGCACUCUCGCUAUCACUGCAGGGACACUCGGUCGGCGUGCUCGAUGUCGACCUCACUGGACCUUCGAUUCCGCGCUUCUUUGGCAUCGAGACGAGCAAAGUCACGCAGGCGCCUGGUGGAUGGUUGCCGGUACCGAUCCAUGAAGCAAGAGAUGGGCAGCAGGCGAACGGACAUGGAAGUGAUGCGCAAAAGAUCGGAAAGCUGAGCUGCAUGUCGCUAGGCUUUCUGCUUGCGAACAGAGGUGAUGCGGUGGUGUGGAGAGGUCCGAAGAAGACGGCGAUGAUCAGGCAGUUCCUUACCGAUGUCCAGUGGGGCAGCCUGGACUAUCUUCUCAUCGACACACCACCGGGAACGAGCGACGAGCAUAUCUCACUAGUUGAGACUCUGCUCAAGUCUGCAACACCGGAGCAGCUUUCUGGCGCUGUCAUUGUCACCACACCCCAGGCCAUCAGUGUGAGCGACGUGAAGAAAGAGAUCAACUUCUGCAAGAAGACGGGUGUGCACGUGCUGGGAGUGGUGGAGAACAUGGCUGGCUUCGUGUGUCCGAACUGCUCCGAGUGCACCAAUGUCUUCUCAAAGGGAGGAGGCGAAACCAUGGCCCAGGAGUUUCAAGUGCCGUUCCUGGGCAGCAUACCAAUUGACCCAAUGUUCAUUCGUCUCAUCGAGGAGGGCAAGAGACCGAUAUAUCCCCAGGGCACGAUCAUCGAAGGGCAGGAUUUGAAAGAUGACCAAGCAGAUGUGGACGAUACCUCUGGACUACUGGUGGAGAAGUAUACAGCCUGCUCACUUUCGAAGAUCUUUGAUGGUAUUACCAAAGAACUAACUACGAGAAUCGAACGAUGA